CUCGCCGAGGCAGCAGCCAUGGGCGCCGCAGUGGUGGUUUUGCGGUGACGAAGUAGAAGACUACGUUGCUUCUUCUUCUUCUUCGGGGAGAUCAGUCUGCCGUUGCAUGGUAUCUCUGCUAGGUGAUGCAGCGAGAUGAUGGGGAGUUCCUGCUCUGAGCUCUGGGGCGGAGAGAAGCCGAGCAAGCACUCCGCCAGCCGAUCGUGCCACCGGAAACACGUCGAGGACGGGUAGAUUAGCAGAUCGGCUCCGUUCGAAGAAAUUCCUUCGUUCCCAUCGGAGAAUCGCGCUUGUUCCCAAACUUUCUGCGAGCAAAGAACCCCUAUUUUUUGUAGAUCGAAAUGGAGGAGGUACCGUCGCCGGCGCCGUCCGCGGAAGGGCAGAGUGUUCUCCAUCGGCGGUACGAGCUAGGGCGAGUCAUCGGGCAGGGUACCUUCGCGAAGGUGCACCUGGCGCGGAACCUUCUCACUGGCAUGUGCGUGGCCAUCAAGGUGGUGGGGAAAGAGAAGGUCAUCCAGGCGGGGAUGAUGGAGCAGGUGAAGCGUGAGAUCUCGGUGAUGAAGAUGGUUCGCCACCCUAAUAUCGUGGAGCUCCACGAGGUGAUGGCGACGCGCAGCAAGAUCUACUUCGCCAUGGAGCUGGUUCGUGGUGGCGAGCUGUUCGCCAAGGUGGCCCGCUCCGGCCGCCUCCGUGAUGACGUCGCCCGGCACUACUUCCGCCAGCUCGUCUCCGCCGUCGACUUCUGCCACAGCCGCGGCGUAUACCACCGAGAUCUCAAACUGGAGAACCUCCUCCUCGACGAGCAGGGAAACCUCAAGAUUGCCGAUUUCGGCCUCAGCGCCUUCGCCGAACACGUCCGCCCCGAUGGCCUCUUCCACACCGCCUGCGGCACGCCGGCGUAUGUCGCCCCCGAGGUCGUCGGCAAAAAGGGCUACGACGGGGCGAAGGCUGACCUCUGGUCCUGCGGCGUCAUCCUCUUCGUUCUCCUCGCCGGGUUCCUCCCUUUCCAGGACGAGAACAUUCUCGCCAUGUACAAGAAGAUCCGCCGGGGGGACUUCCAGUGCCCGCCGUGGUUCUCCUCGGACGCCCGGCGACUCAUCACCAAGCUGCUCGACCCAAACCCCAAGACAAGAAUCACGUUCGAGCGGCUUAUGGAAACCCCAUGGUUAAAGAAAUCCACGAUUAUCAGGUCGCUUUCUGCUCCGCCAGCUCCGACUACCGCCUCGGAGUCGGAGGAGACCGGCGACAAGGAGCGCGAGAAAAAGGACGGAGAGGAACCCGAGAAGCUGAACGCCUUCCACUUGAUAUCCUUCUCCGAGGGUUUCGACCUCUCCCCGCUGUUCUCCGGCGGCGAACGGCGGGAAGAGGAUGUCUUGCGGUUCGCGACGAGGGAACCAGCGAGCGGCGUGAUCUCGAGACUGGAGGGCGUGGUGGAGAGGGCGGCGGGGAAGUACCAGGUGACCAAGAGCUGCCCGGCGGGGGUGAGGCUGGAGGGGAAGCAGCGGGGGCGGAAGGGAAAGCUGGCGGUUGCGGCGGACAUUUUCACGGUGGCGCCGUCUGUGCUCGUGGUGGCGGUGCGUCGGGACGGCGGCGACGCGGCGGAGUACGAGACUUUCUGCAAUGAUGUACUCUUGCCGGCGCUGCAAGACAUCAUCUGGGCCGCCUCGUCCGAUGACCAAACUGCUGCAGCCUAAUCGCAUUUGUUAAUAAAUAAUUCUUCCCCAUAAUUCGAUCUGUAACCGAUCAUCCUUGUUCUCAUCCGCCAUUAACACUGCUGUAAGAGCUUUUCGUGCAUGCUCAACCGUUACCCAGCGCCCCGCGCCACUGCUCUGUUCUCAUCAUCCAUUGUUGUAAUUGUUUUGCUUCUAUUGAAUAUUUGCAUUAAAUUAAAAAAACUCAAGAUCUGAUUUUGAAUUG